AUUUUGCUUUUACUUUCAAAUGCCUGUAGAUGCAGUCACUCUUGCUAUCCAUAUCCCAGUGCUUGUAAUUGCUUGCAGCACCAUAUUAUACGCGCUCAGAUCCAAAUUCUUUGCUGGAGAGCAUUGCGUACCUGGGAUAUGCGCCUCUUUCCUUUUAUCUACAUCAUUGCUGGUAGCCACGUCCUGUUACGCGAUUGCUACACCUCCAGGAUAUUUCAGCGAAAACAACGAUUCUUUGCCGCAUAACGUGGACCAGUUUCUGGGGUGUGUGUUUGCCAUACUGAUUUGGGUCCACAUGUUCGAUAUUCUUUCACCAUUACGACCUAUACGAACGCGAAAUAGCGAUGAUGCCGACGCAGAGAAAGGCUCACACGACGUUUAUUUAAAGUACUACAGUAUGCGGUACAUCCGGUUUUAUACGUAUCCUUUUGCGGUAGUUUGCGUACUUGGUGGUAUUAUUACGUGGUUAAAAGGCCUUUUCUAUGGCGCCAUUAUCGUACUUUGCUGUGCCAUCUUUGUUCAUUUUCUUGUCUUUCUCGUAUGGGUGUUUCGUCGAUACAAAUACAUACGUCCGCUCGGCUGGUCUUUCAACUUUUUCGUGGCUCUGGUGCUCUGCAACAUCAUUAACUCGAUCCUCUCUUUCAUAUUGGCCCCAGUGACGGUUCAGCUGAUCCUUUCAGCAAUUUUAAUCAAGUAUGCUGGCGCUGUUGCGUUAGCAUUGGUCGUUUGGGCGUAUCCUAGAUCCUGGUUUCCGAGUAUGAAAGCUUCCACUCAAGCUACAGUACAACACCAAGGAACAUCAGUCGGGCGAGCACAAGUAGCCACAAGAAACGUCCUUAUCGCUACGCGAAACACAGAAAAUUCUCAGCAACAAGGGCAACGGGAGCAACAGAACGAGGAACAGAUGGUCAGAAUACAAGUAGGAGCAAGAAUAUAUAUGGUUGAUCGGCGACAUGAACAGAAUCGUCAGCAACAGCAACAAGAGUAUCAGACAAUAAACGAGGACAGAGAAAGAGGCAGAAUCAGCAUAAAUCAUAACUUGGAGAGCAGAAGAGCAGAAGUACUAGCAAGAAAUCGCAUGAUCACAGCAGAACACAAUAGACGGGAACGUCAGCUUCAGCUACUACGGGAACGUCAGCUUCAGCUACUACGGGAACGUCAGGCUGGCGAACAAGUAAAUCGAGUGCAAGUAGGAUCCAGAAUUUACGAGAUCCAAAUACCGGCGAACAACAGAGACAGCUCCAUAACCAGCAGCAACGAGAACCGUGAACGUCAACAACGGGGUAGUAGGCAACGCCAAUCCUUAUCCUCCUCAUUUACUCCCAUGCUCUCUGACUAUAGCAGCAACAAUGAUUUUGCCAACGGAGAUGAUCUACCAACAUAUUACCAUGUUGACAUCGAUUUACCACCACCACCACCAUAUUCUAGGUUAUAGAAACCAUCACUCUAAAUAAUCUCAUUUUUAUGGUCGAUCGGCUAGCUAUUAGUAUUUUUGUAUGUACACCUGUAAUAUAGCUCACACUAUAUGUACGCUAAUGAAUGUAUAUAUGUAUAUAGAUGAAGGAAAAUAAACUUAUCUUUAAAUUUGUGUAAAUUGAAAGCAUUGCUUACUUGUUGUCGAUUAUGUAUGAUAGAAGGAACGCAUAUCAAAA